AUGCCUAUGGAAUCGGCUGUUGUGAACCGAACUCUUUCAAUACAUAUGGAAUCUACUUUGUGUUCCGUGACUUCCUUCUCUCUUCCUUCCCCCUCCGCCUCUAGAAUUAUCUCAUUCUUAACAGCCCGAGACCCAAAUGAAAUUUACGGAAAAACGGAGCUUCCGCAACAAAAAUUGGGGCAUUUGAGGCUAUACUAUAGAAUUCGUUAUGCUUGUCAUUUGAGCUGGGAGGCUUCAAGGUCGAUGCUCAGUUGGGGUAGGCACGUUAUCACUAGGAAGGGAAUUCUUUCUCAGCCUUUCCCAUCCAUCUUACCAUAUGGGACCCUCCGUUCGAUGUCUCAUCAGUACGACCCGGCAUUCAGUAAGGCAAAAGCAAAAAUGCCACUGAGUCUUUGCCCUCUGGUCUUUGUUUCAUUCUGGGACGUGGAGCUGAGAAAGUCAGGCAUGACAAUGCCGACGGUUGAUACCAGGCGCUGUGUGAUGCAAAUCCGAGCUGACUUAAUUGAGUUAAUUAGACUUUGUCGGCUCGUUGGUAAGGCGAUGUCCCAGCGACCUGAAGAUGCUAAACUUGCGAAAACUUUUGGUGUCAUGGAUCUUCCGGUAAAGAAAUAG